GCAAUCCGGUGGCAGAAACGAUUCAAAGGAUACGUGCCCGAAUACAAUCCGAAGUUACGUCCAGUUGUAUUAACGGAUACGGGUUCACAAAACUGUAUCCGUCCGGAACGCCGGAAUCACACAUCUACAACAACAAGCUGUCUAAAAUGUUCUGACGUUAGAAGACGAUAUGCAUUGAGACAGCAGGGCAGACUCCAACCCCAAAACUCUUUUAGAAAUGUGAGCGAUGGCCUACAGUACUUCUACGAAACGUCGAAGUUAUUGUUGUCUAGAAAAAUAGACUCGAGAUGGAAAACAGAUAUAAAAGUGAAAAUCAUUGUUCGUUAAGCAGUUAUUAAGUAAACAGGACCAGUGUCUUUGUGUCCUAGAAUCGCGAGAGCUUGAAUAGACACAAUGCUCUCGUUCCAAGAGAUCGCGUUCAAAGCGGAGCUGGACCGACACGAACAUCCAACUCAGGAGUUCGCCGAGCAAGCUCUCUUGCUAUGCGACGAGGACCCGGCUACAAGGUCUAGUGUUAUAGAGGAGUUUAGAAACAUGAUAUUUGAGAGGGGCGAAUGCAAGCCGCACCGUUUGGACGAUGCUUACUUGCUGCGCUUUUUGAGAGCACGUCGCUUUGUGCCGGCGCGUGCACACAGAUUGUUGGUUCGCUACUGCACAUUUCGUGAACAAAAUCCGCAGCUGUGGCGUGACGUGUACUGGUAUGGACUGGCGCGCCUCGGCAACGUGUUCGAGGGGAUCCUGUUCGACAGGCCGGAUGUCGGCAGGCUAAUUAUAUGCAGAAUAGGUUUGUGGGACCCAGACGUGUUCCCGGCGGAGGAGCUGAUCCGUGGCUGUUUGCUGCUUCUGGAGGUGGGCAUCAUGCAGCCCAAGCUGCAGGUGCUAGGUGGCACUGCCAUGGUGGACUGCGAGGGCAUUACCAUGAGGCAUAUGCGCCAACUCUCACCAUCUGUAGCUAUACAGGCAAUGAAUGUUAUGGGGUAUGCGUUUCCUCUGCACCAGCGUGGCGUCCACGUUGUGAACUGCUCCAAAGUCUUCGAGGCGCUGUUUCAUCUGUUUAAGCGCUUCGCUCCGAACGACGAACUCUGGAGAAAAGUCCAUUUCCAUGGAUAUGAUUACAGUUCUUUACAUAGGUACAUAGACCCGGAAUGUCUUCCUAGAAGAUACGGAGGCUGCAGGCAGGAGGUGUCGCUCAACGAGUGGCUGACCAAGAUCAGGCACUACAGGAACCAGCAGUUCGACGAAGACAUGAGGAGUUUAGGAUAUGCUGUAGAUUAACUGUGUUGUCAACCAAAUUAGUUGUCAACCAUUACUAGAUUUAAAAGUAAAAAACCGCGCAGCAAAAAAGUGAAUACCUCAAUAAUUUAUUAAACAAGACAAUAAAAAUAUUUUAUUAC